AGGGGAGGCCUGCACUUGAUGAGUGCCAAGGCCAAGGGCCCUUCUCAUACCAUUGGGAGCUGCCCCCUGAGGGUAUAAAGAACCCUCUUCCUCCCAUUAUGAAGCCUUUUUAUUGUCAAAGAAGCUUCACAAGACUCUACUACAACUUCACGAUACAGAAGCAUAAAGAAACAGCCCACCACAUUCCCACACAAUCAAUACAUACAACACUAUUAACAUGACUUCAGCACUCGCGCCGCAAAUCAUUUUUGACAAUUCACAGAUUCGUGAGUUAUGCCGCAUCGCAGUAUCCCAAUAACGACCUACUAACAUCUUCUGGCAGGUCGAUUUUCAACCUCCGCUUCCUCCAUCAAAUCUGGAAGGUCCAGAUCCUCUGGACAAAACUCACGACGAGGCUCUUUCGUCAACGCUGACGGCGAGUUCGAUUCCGAUGAGGAGCAUCCACAAGACUGGUCUGUAGAGACUAAAGAAGGGGAUACCUGGGCUGCACGAGAACUCCGCCGCAAAUCUAUCUGGGCAAAGACCGAUCACAACUCUCCUCUAGCUGAACAACCAAAGGAAGGGCGCAACGGCUCUAUUCUCUCCUUGUGGCAGCCCGGAAAGGACGAGAAUGGUGCAGACAUUCUUCUGCACGACGACGAGAACGCGAUCGAUGAUGCUCCACUAAGCCCCAUCAGUAGAGGAAGUGUCAAUGGGGGACUGAGCAUUCCUGGCAGUAGAAGAGGGACUGGCAAUACACAGGACAGACGACCCAGUAUCCUUGGCUUGUGGAAAACGGGCAAAGAUGCGGAUGGCAAAGCGAUCAUCAUGCACGACGACGAAGAGUGGCAGCACGAUCCAAAACCAGAAGUUUUUGAGCCAAUUCCAGAGCCACCAAAGCCUGUCGCCCUUGAAGAUGCCACGCCUGAGGAGAAAGAGGAGCUUCGAAAGAUGUUGGAAAACAUGAGAAAGCAAGCUAAAUGAGUUUGAACAUAUUGGCGAUAUGAUAAUGGUUGGAAAUAUGUUUGAGAGUUGAUUUUGUGCCCAUUCUAUCUACACAUUCUUGUAAUAGGGUUGGAAACUGUUUCUUUUUUUCUCUUUGGGGUUUAUACGAUACGAUACCAUCUCAUCUCGAAUGACAUACACUGCAUGCUAGAGAGAUCC